AGCUUGGAGGACCAAAAUGGCAGGUUGUGUUGGGCCGCAUGGAUGCGAGGACGACAAGCCAGAAUGCAGAUGACGAACUCCCACGGCCAUCAUCGUCCAGCCUCUGCCUCUCCGCCCUUAUUUCCAUGUUCGCUUCCAAGGGCCUCAGUCCGCAGGACAUGAAUGCGCUCUCGGGGCCACAUACCGUAGCUCUCGCCCAGUGCUUCACCUUCCGCGAUCGCCUCUACCUGGACUCCAACAUGGAUGCUAACUUGACCGCCUUACGCAAGCAAAGCUGUCCACCAUUCGGCGGCAAUAGCAACUUGGCUCCUCCGGAUCUCCAAACCCCAUACCGUUUUGGCAACGACUACCACCAGAAUCCCCUCUCGCCGUGGGCUCCUCCACUCCCACCAGGAGCUCUUCAAUGGUGGCUCGUAGGAUGCCUUGGUUUGGGUGUACGCCACCAACGUCGCCGUACUCUAUAAACAUUUUGCCACAGCCAUGGUGAAGAUGGGGAACAUCAGCCCCCCGCCG